AUGGUUAUGAUCUGUCUCAUCUCGGUUAUACUUGGCACAGCUGCUCUGCUUGUCACGGUUUACUGCAUUAUGAGACUUGCUAAACUGUGCAGACGGUCUGGCAGACCAGCUAUUCAUUCUCAAUUGAUACCUCAAGAUGAAAUCGGCGAUGAUGAUUUACUGAUGAAGUACUAAUUCCAUACGCUGUUCAUUGCACUCGAAGAUAUUUCUGCUGUUUUAAAAUCAAUAACAUUACUAUGUAAAUUAAUUCGGAGAACUUCGUCAACUAUAUAGACUGUAUUUCGGUUAUUUAAAAAGCUUUUGACUGUAUUUUAAAGUUAUAACCUGACGUUUCCAGCAUGGUUAGACCACGGCAUUUCAAAGCGAAAGAUGAUGAUGAAAUUCUGCAGUUAUCGGACUAUAGUUGAAGUACAAUCGUCUCUUGAUAUUUGUUGCAGCAUAGAUCAUAUUUACCGAACGGUAAGAACUCUCAGGAAUUUUUUUCAAGUCUUCUCCCACACCUUCCGUUUUGAGUGAUGUAUCAUCUUCAUAACACAACGUAACGUAUACAAAGCAUUAUGAUAUACAAUAGAGAUACUGUCAUGGUUCAUACUGGAAUCAGUUGACCGAUUUUUUACAUAACCAGCCGAUUCAUCCAAUAUUAGCGCAAAAUCGACUUAUUAUACGGAGGACAGAAUCGGUUCAAAUUUUUUUACUGAAGAGCUUAUUAUUUUAAUAGAUGGUGCGCCAAGUUUACCGUGGUUUAAAUAACUUUUAGGGUUUGGGGGGUAGGUGGG